UCACGGAUCGGGCUCGAUAGUCGUGCCCUUUUUUUCUCCGGAGGUGCAGAAGAAGCAGAAUCAGAACGGAUGCUUGGCAAGGAUAACAGUAGCAGCCUACACGCAGAAUCGGCUAGGCACACAUCUCCAUCCUCCCCCUCCUCCUCCUCCUCCUCAUCCUCAUCUUCAGUAUUACUAGAUCAAGAGAGACACGACUGAACUUCCGAUGAUGUAUUUAUCAAAAAGGUUUGGUAUGAGUGUGAUCAUCCCCAUCUGGAUCAACUAGGAUCUUCAAUUAAGGAGAGGGCUUUGUUAUUAUUUAUUUAUUUAAUUUCCUUUAUUUUCAUUAUUUAUUUAUUUUUAGAGGGGUUUUUUUUGAGGAAGUCUGGUCCUUGUCCACUGCAGCCUUCACCAUGAGCCAUCCACAGCCCUCUCAGCCGUCCGCAGCACCCGACCUGGAAGUGAUCUCUCAGCAGGUGGAGGAUGAAGGCCAGUGCAUGGCUCCGGUGCAGCUGGUCAGCUUUGCUUACCGAGAUCUCCCUCUGGCCGCACUCGACAUCUCACUGGCAGGCUCUCAGCUCAUCUCCAACCUGGAUGAAGAGGAAAAUAGAGAAGGGUCUAACUGGCUGAAGCCAUGUUGUGGGAGGAGGGCAGCUCUUUGGCAGGUGUGUUUGCUGAGUGCAGGUUUUAACUGUUUGCUGGUGGCGUGUGUUAUUCUGGUGGUGGUGCUGCUGACUCUGGAGCUGCUCAUCGACACCCGGCUCCUGCAGUUUACCAAUGCGUCCCAGUUUGCUGGCAUUAUUCACUGGAUCAGCCUAGUCAUUCUCUCCAUAUUCUUCACUGAGACUGUCUUCAGGAUUGUGGUGCUGGGGAUAUGGGAUUACAUAGAGAACAAAGUUGAGGUGUUUGAUGGUGCUGUGAUUGUUCUCUCCUUGGCCCCAAUGGUUGCCUCCACUGUUGCUAAUGGACCCAGCAGUCCCUGGGAUGCCAUUAGCCUCAUCAUCACUCUUCGCAUAUGGAGGGUCAAGAGAAUUAUUGAUGCGUACAUGCUGCAGGUGAAGGUGGAGAUGGAGAUGGAGCUUCAGCAGUAUGAGAAAGCUAAAGCCGUACGGGAGGAGCAGCUAGAGAGACUCACGCAGAUCUGUCAAGAGCAGGCGUUUGAGAUCAGGCAGUUGCGAGCUCAUCUGGCUCAGCAGGAUCUGGAUCUGGUUGCUGAACGUGAAGCUGCUAUGCAGAUCCAUCAUGUAUGGGGAAAGCAGAGCAGCUUUCAGGAGGUGGAUGGACUCGGACCUGCAGCCGCCGGCACUGAGGGAAGAGGCAAGAGGAGAGAGCCAGGAGCUCCUACAGAAAACAUCACUCAAGAUGACAUGAACAAUUACAUCAGCCAGUAUUACAGUGAGCCAAGUAGUGAUAUUGGUGUUCCAGAGCCAGGUGCACGCAUCAUAACUACUGCAGCCAUAGACGUGCACCUGCCCACCAAUCCAUGUCAGAUGCCUCCAUCUUUGGUGAGUGCUGAUGGACCAGGAAGCUCAGUGAGCGAGGCUCCCAGCAGCACAGUGUCACGCUCCAGCUGCAGCUUCUCGACACGUCAGCACAGCGUUAGCAGCCAUACACUGGCCUCCAGUAGCGAGUGCAGCUCCACCGUACGUGAAGCCUCCACUUCUGACUACAGCGGCCAGCAUUGUUGCCCACCGCCUUACUGCAGCCCACUGACACUGGGCACACAGGGAGGAGGGCACAACCCCAGCGCUGUGGUCCAGGAACUUCUCUCAUCUCUGUCUGAGGACUCGUGUCUGGCUCAGAAGGGCCGAGUGAACCCACUUAACCUGAAGCUCCCUAGUCCAGCCGGCUCAGCUAAGGCCAGCCCCGAGCUGGAGCACAGGGUCAAUAUUUACAAUAAGAGGAACCAAGAGAGUCUGGCUGUGUUCCAGACCAAGCCGUUAAUCCACCUGCAGGGAAAUGAGCCAUUGCUGGACGAGAAGUACAGACUCAUGGAGCCUGCAGAUUCCCCAAUGACUCACAUGCCAGACACGUAGGAUACGGAGUGCAGCAGCAUGGCCACCAUCACCAGCUGAAGCAGCUUCCUUCUCUCCGACUCUCUCUAUCUCCGUCUCUCUCAGCCAGCACUGUUCACUCUGACUCCCAGGCUUCUUGCUCUUUAGAAGGGCACACUGAGCAAAACACUAAGGAUUUUGCUCUCAGUUCUUUCUUCAGAGGGGUUUCAAAACUUCAUGGUGAGGAAUUGUUGGCAUAUGUUCUCUCUGUCUCUCUUUCUCUCUCUGUGAAACACUUAAUGUGUGUCCCUCCUGCCAAAAUAGCACAACCUUCCAGAGCCCAAGGAGAGGCACUUUGGGAGCCAUUACUGGAACAUUCAUCAGGAAUUUCCUACUUCAAUGUUUGUCCAUGUUCAGUGACCGUCUGAAACCAGCAAUGGGACACAAACGCACUCAAGCUUUCAGACAGCCACGUAGUAUAGAAAUGAGGCGGGAAUACUUGUGAUUCUUUGUGUUCUUAUUUCAGGGUUGGGUCGAGGUGAUGGGUCAACGAGGUAAUCGUUUUUAUUCGAGUUAUUUAUAUGAAUAAUAACACAAUGUACAGUGCAGGCCUACUGAUCCGACUGCUGCAGGGUUACAUUUGAUCUGUGUUCAAAUGUGUUGAGCUGUGUUACUCAGCCAAAUUUCUUACCUUUGCCUUUCUUACUGAUGAUAACGUUUGUAUUCAAAAUUCUAUGACAUGAACAAAGCACGCAACUCAAGUAUUUUUAAAAAACCUGCUUAGAUUGGAUUUGACGGGAGAAAAAUUCAGGAAUAUAUUAGCAAGUUUUUUUUUUAUGGAAUGAUAGGGUGAAGAAUGUUGUCAUAACCCUUAACGUUAACCCAAAUCCUUUUAGCAUGAGCCUGUGAGAAUAAAAUUCCUGCUUUUUGAUUGAAGCUGAAUCCUGAAGACUAAUCCUGUAUUGUUGAUUAAGGCAU